GCAUAUUUGCUUUCCCUCUCCCUUCGUCUUUCAAAAAAACCUUAUUCUUCCCCCACCCACUCGCUGACUCACUUGCUCAGUCUCUCCCAACGGAGUUUCCGAGUUCAGGCUCAGCAUUAUCAUGGACUCCACAAAUCUGAGCUACGAGCAGAAGCUUCAAGUUGUGGCACGAAUCGUAGACGAAGGCGACGCACGCGUUUGCGACGCGCCGCCCCGUGAAGUAGAGCUCGGGCUUACGGCGACCCUCAAACCCCACCAGGUUGAAGGGGUUUCAUGGCUUAUACGGAGGUAUAAACUCGGGGUCAACGUCGUUCUCGGUGAGAUUAUUCAGAUGGGACUAGGCAAGACUUUACAAGCUAUCGGUUUACUAAGCUAUCUAAAAGUAUACCAAUUAUCACCUGGGCCAUUUUUGGUUAUAUGUCCUCUAAGUGUGACAGAUGGUUGGGUGUCAGAGAUAGUGAAAUUUGCCCCAAAACUGGAUGUCUUUAAAUAUGUUGGUGAUAAAGAAUACAGGCGCGAGCUCCGUAUGAAAAUAUACGAACAUGUAAAAGGGCAGCGAUCAACAGAUGUAUUGUUGCCAUUUGAUGUGCUGUUAACAACUUAUGAAAUUGCAAUGAUGGAUCAGGACUUCCUUUCUCAAAUACCAUGGCAUUAUGCAAUUAUUGAUGAGGCUCAAAGACUUAAAAACCCAUCAAGUGUUUUAUUUAAUGUUCUCAAAGAUCACUAUAUCAUGCCAAGACGGUUGUUAAUGACUGGCACACCUAUUCAGAAUAACCUCUCUGAGUUAUGGUCCCUGAUGCAUUUCUGUAUGCCUGUUGUCUUUGGUACGCUGGAUCAGUUCCUUUUCACUUUCAAGGAUAUCGGUGAGCUUACAUCAGAAGUUCAUAAUCCAAGGGCAAAAGAGCAACUUAAAAUUCUGAAAGGAUUAUUGGGAGCCUUUAUGCUUCGACGUACCAAAUCAAAGCUUGUUGAGAGUGGAAAUCUAGUGUUACCACUCCUCACUGAGACAACCAUGUUGGUACCCCUUACUAGCCUGCAAAAAAAGGUCUACAUGUCAAUAUUGAGGAAGGAACUUCCAAAGCUACUUGCACUAUGUUCUGGAGCUUCAAAUCAUCAGUCACUUCAGAAUAUUGUGGUACAACUUAGAAAAGCAUGCAGCCAUCCUUAUCUCUUUCCAGGUAUCGAGCCUGAACCUUUUGAAGAAGGUGAACAUCUCAUUCAGGCGUGUGGCAAGCUGCUGAUUCUGGACCAGCUUCUUCAGAAGCUAUACUCUUCUGGACACCGUGUUCUUCUUUUUGCACAGAUGACUCAUACACUCGAUAUUUUACAGGAUUUUCUGGAGUUAAGGAAGUAUUCCUACGAGCGUCUUGAUGGUUCAGUUAGGGCUGAGGAGCGUUUUGCUGCAAUAAGAAGUUUCAGCAGCUCAUCAGCUAAUAUGGCCUUAAAUUCUGAUCCUGACAAUCCUGGAGCUUUUGUUUUCAUGAUUUCAACAAGAGCUGGGGGAGUUGGGUUGAAUCUUGUGGCUGCUGAUACUGUUAUAUUCUACGAGCAAGAUUGGAAUCCUCAGGUGGACAAGCAAGCUUUGCAGAGAGCACAUAGAAUUGGCCAGUUGAACCAUGUUUUAUGUAUAAACCUUGUCACAGAGCAUACAGUGGAGGAAGUAAUUAUGCGUAGAGCAGAGAAAAAAUUACGGCUAAGCCUCAAUGUUAUAGGUGAAAAUGUCGUGGAUCAUAAAGAAAAUGAAGCAACUGGAGUUGGAAUUAGUGAUUUGAAAUCCAUCAUAUUUGGGUUACAUAUGUUUGACCCCACUGAGAUGAAUGAUAGAAAACAUGGGGACAUUAGCGUACAAGAACUAAAUGCUAUGGCUGAAAAGGUGAUUGCUAUGCGUGAUGAACAAAAUUCUGACAAGGAUGACAGGAAACUUGAGGUCAAUGCAAGAAACCUUUUGAAAGGACAUGAAGAUACAGAAGUUUCUGGUGCGCUAUCUUGUGAUCUUGGUCUUGAUGAGGCUUCAUAUCUCUCUUGGGUUAAAAAUUUUGAGGAAGUGUCUAAAACAAGUUGUGAUACAAUGUUGGAUUCAAGGAGCAGAAGGAGUUCAGAUGAGGAUAAGAGUUCAAAAAUUGAGUCUGCGAAGAAGAAGGCAGAGGAAAAGAAGUUGUCCAAGUGGAAAUCUGUUGGAUACCAUUCACUGACUGUUGACGACCCUAUCUGUCCACAAGAUGGUGAUAUUAUAUCAGCUGCAGGAUCUGUUCAUUUUGUGCAUGGAGAUUGUACAGCUCCGUCAAAUGUUUCUCUGUCUGAACCUGCUAUGGUAUUCAGCUGCGUUGAUACCUCUGGACGCUGGGGUCAUGGUGGAAUGUUUGAUUCACUGACCAGACUUUCUACAAGUAUUGGUUAUGCAUAUGAAUGGGCUUCUGAAAAUGAGGACCUGCAUCUUGGUGAUCUCCAUCUUAUAAAAUUAGAAGAUGGCCAUGAUGAACAAAACAUGGACACAAAUACUGUCAAAUGGGUCGCUUUAGCUGUGGUUCAGUCAUACAAUCCAAGGCGUAAAGUCCCCCGAAGUGAUAUCUCACUUCUCCACUUGGAGAAAUGCUUAGCGAAGACAGCAUUCUCAGCUGCUCAAAAUUCUGCAUCAAUCCACAUGCCACGCAUUGGUUAUCAAGAUGGUUCUGAGCGUUCUGAGUGGUACACCAUUGAGCGGCUACUAAGAAAAUAUGCCUCCAUUUACAACAUAAAUAUAUAUGUAUACUAUUAUCGAAGAGUGCGCCAAGACUCCGGGCUCAGAUAACUUCCUCGUGUUGUUUUGCUGAAUGUAAUAUCAAGUAUAUUGAGUGUUCGAUCCUAUGUAUAUAACUAAGAUAGUGUAGACAAGUAUAGACCAUGUUAUGUGAGUUUCCCAAGAUGAACUAGAAUAUAGGUAUUAAGAACCUCUGUGACUGAGAAGUGCUAACUAUUGGUGAACUGCAAACUUUAGAACUUGAGAAUGAGAAACUUGGGAACUCCGAGAUUAAGAUGUACUAAGAAU